AUGGCAUACGUGCGAGAACUACUCCAAGCUGCUACAACUAUAUCUAAUACCGACGUACGCGAGGAAGAUAUGUCGUAUCUACUAUCUCAUCGAAGUGACUUUGAAACCGCCUUGGCGAAGCUUCAUGCACUGCUUGGCUCGCCUUCCAAGGGCUUUCCAGCGUCAGUAGCUUCUCCUGCGGACGAAAUACUGGCUCCGCGAUGUUCGUCAUCUCCUGAAACAAUUGAGCAACGCUUUCCCGUUUCGGGAGCCCUUCCUCGCUGCACAGCUAGGCUAGCCCUACCUAGCUCAACCAGUCAGGCUACCAAUGCGGAAGGGAAUGAAGCGUUACCUGGCUCGGUCAAGAAAGUACUGGAUCUUUUGGACAAAAAAAAGAAAGUUAUUUCUACGUUCACAUACCGGCCAGGAAUUUAUCCCAAUGUAUGCUCCGAUAACGCAAACGAAGACGUCCGUGUUACAAUUAUCCAAUUCGUCUCGCAAAAACGAACUCCAACCGACUAUUAUCUAGCUGGGAAAGCUGCCCUAUCGCUAGCGAAUGAAUUUCUUGACUGGCAAGGAGAAGUUGGGAUUCCUGGACGACUGGAUGUCUUGUCCAACGACAUGAAUGACAAGACAGGAGCAUGCUAUCGGGAAUACGCUGAUAUCUGCCCUUCCUUCAGGGACAAGGAAAGGGCAUCAGAAUACAUUGAGUUUGGGAUAAAACUUCGCUUUUUCGCAAUUCUCUGUUUGGUGCGGCUCAGGGGCCCAAUAAUUCGUUUUAGCUCCUCUUCUACCACUUCUGCCACUCCCUCUACCUUGUCUGAUACCUCUUCUAACCCUAGUCAUCCUUCUGAUACCGAUAAUUAUUCUGUUCCCGAAACCCCUUCUGGUACUAAUCCUGAUUGUGAUCCCAAUGGCUCUGGUGCCUCGUCGCUGCGACAAUUUGCCGUUGUGUACCCGUUCUUCUUUCUUUGGAGGGCCUUCUAUCGUUGCAAGUACGAUCAUCUACCGGCCCUUGCGAAUGCUUUUCUUUCGUCCCCAUAUUGGAGGGAGUUAGUUGAGGCGAAGAACUGGGAAGAGCCUAUCGAAGAUGCCAUACCCAAAGGGAAUGGAAAACACACCCUCACUGAUGCGUCCUCCGAGAGACAGAAACGCCAGAGAAAUGAUCAACCCGAAUCCCAGCCAUCUGAGGAUCGUUCAGUACUGUUCUUAAACGAUAGCUCAACAGCUCACCAUUUUCUGCCUGCUGACCCUCAAAUCUUAUCGAACCGGACACAGUACGCAACAACCAGACAUAUCUGGCCGCUUGACUCUCCCGUGUUUGACCUGCAACAAGAUACUCCAACAAGGACUGUCUGGCCGCUUGGUUCCAUCGCAUUUCCAGAUCAGCCACCAGCAAGGAAUAUCUACCCAGUUGGAUCCACAGCAUUCUCAGACAGUCUACAAGCUAUAUCACCCGCAGAUCUUCCUACACCAUGUGGCCUUGAUCUCUCAACGCCCGAGAUAGCUGGUGCAGUUGAGAGCAUGUUAGGGGCUUUGGGAACCGCUAGCGAUAAACAGCCAAACACCGCAAAUGUAAUAUGA